UAUCCAGUUAUGUACACUCGAGGAUACCCUACCGAACUCAACUCUUGCAACUUUGCGCCCACUGAUUUUCUUUUGAGUUUUCAUCUGAAUAUCUGUCAGUUAUAAAUUAUACUUCAACUUAUUUUCAUAGGUUAAAAUAAAGUGGAGGGAGGGGAACGAAUCGACUGCCCCUUGCAAAACUAACUUGUGUAAUAUGUGAGGCUUGUACUCCUACCGCGUGCUGUGUAUACGCACGGGAUCUCUCUCACUGACUGGCAACGUGAGACCACUGGCAACAUAACGUUUUUCAUCUCGGAGACAAAAGUAUAUGACCAUGGGGAAAGUGGAUUUAAAAAUACGUUGUAUUUUCUUUUUCAUCAUCAUCUCAGUCCAGCGGGGAUUUUCAGAGGAAUUUGGAGCACACCAGGGUGCAAAAGGCAUACUUUUACAGAGAGUGAGACGCCAGAGCAAAGCAGCUAAAUCUGUGCUGAAGGUGACAGACUACCAUGUGAGGUGUUCUGUCGUGUCUCGCUACGCCCACACCACAAUCCAAAGCUCUGUGUGGAACCAGCUACCUGUCACCAAGGAGGCAGCCUUUGAGGUGGACCUGCCCUCUGCUGCAUUCAUCUCCAACUUCACCAUCACCUCAAAUGACAAAGUGUACAUUGCCCAGGUGAAGGAGAGGAGUGUCGCCAGGAAGAUGUAUGACGCAGCCAAGAAACAAGGAAAAACAGCUGGACUUGUUGCCACCAAAGAGAGGGAGAUCGAGAAGUUCCGCGUGGCGGUGAGUGUUCCCUCGGGGACCCGGAUGUCCUUCUCUCUGUCCUACGAGGAGCUGCUGCCCCGCAGGUUGGGUCGCUAUGAACUGACCCUGGGUCUGAGGCCUGGAGGACUGGUGACUAACCUCACCCUGGACGUCAGUAUUGCAGAGAGGACAGGACUCAGCUUCAUCAAGGUCCUCCCACUGAAGACCAGUCGACUGCUCUCCAACACUGUCACAGGUGAGUCUGAGGCUCCAGCCUCCACCCAGGUCCAGCAGAACCCUCGUUGUGCUCGUGUGCACUACAGCCCCAGCCUGCAGCAGCAGAGCAGUGCCUCUUCUAAGGGACUCAACGCUGACUACAUCAUCCAGUACGAUGUAGAACUCAGUGACCUCAUUGGGGACAUACAGGUGUUUGAUGGAUACUUUGUCCACUACUUUGCACCUCGGGGGCUUCCUGUUGUCCCCAAGGAUGUAAUCUUUGUCAUUGAUGUCAGUGGCUCCAUGAUUGGCACCAAGAUCAAACAGACAAAGCAGGCGAUGUCCACUAUCCUGGGGGACCUGCGUGAGGAGGACCACUUCAACAUCAUCACUUUCUCAGACAAGGUACACACCUGGAGGAAGGGUCGCACAGUGAGGGCCACGCGGAUUAACAUACGAGACGCUAAGGACUUUGUCAAGAGGAUCAUCGCUGAAGGAUGGACCAACAUCAAUGCAGCCCUCCUCUCAGCCGCCCAGCUGGUCAACCCUCCCUCCUCCUCCGGUGGUACCCGCCGGGUCCCUCUGGUCAUCUUCCUGACGGACGGUGAGGCUACCAUCGGCGUGACAUCCGGUGACAUCAUCCUGAGCAACGCUAAGAGCGCCCUAGGGGCCACCUCUCUGUUCGGCCUGGCUUUCGGUGAUGACGCCGACUUCCCUUUGCUACGGCGCCUGGCACUGGACAACCGCGGCGUGGCGAGGAUGGUGUACGAGGAUGCGGACGCCGCACUCCAGCUGAAGGGAUUCUACGAUGAGGUGGCCAGCCCGCUACUGUCAGACAUCCAGCUGACCUACAUGGACGACCAGGCCUUUGACGUCACACGCUCCCUCUUCCCUAACUACUUCCAGGGCUCCGAGCUGGUGGUCACUGGGAAGGUCAAGCCAGGGGUCAGGGACCUGAAGGUGUCUCUGACAGCCAGUGGCUCCAAGCAGAAGGUGAAGGUGGAGAAUGAGGUGUUGGUGUCUAAUGGAGAGGGGAAUAGGACAGUGCUCUCUAUGGGCUGCCCUGGGGGCAUGGAUGGGAUCCCCAGCUUUGUACAGCGUCUCUGGGCUUACUUCACUAUCAAAGAGCUGCUGCUGGCCAAACUGAACACCACUGACCCUAACAUACAGAAACUGCUGGGAGAGAAGGCCACCAACCUCUCCCUCAAGUACAACUUUGUCACUCCUGUUACUUCCCUCAUUGUAGUUAAGCCUGAUGCUGAUGAAAUUCCUACCUCAGCGUCAACUACAACGGUUCGACCCACCACCACCACAGGUACUACAACAACCACAGUAGCCCACACACCUGCCACCAACAUAGCCUCCUCAAUCCCUGUGAAAAAGCCCAGGAUGAUCAAAGCUAAACCAGACCCUCUUGUCACAAAGCCUCCACCUCAACCCAGAAAGGGCUCCACCCCACCAACAAAACCCAACCCAGUGAAAACAGUGGCUCCACCAUCCCCCAAGAAAACGACUACAACUACCACCCCCAGCCCCAGUGCUGUCAAAACCGUCCCUGUCCCUCUCUCAGGGAAAAUCUCUACCCCUCCUCCCAGCUCUCCUAAAACUGCUCCUGCCCUUCCUGCCAGAAUAGUCAGUACCCCCCUGCCCAACUUGCUCAAAACAGCCACCGCUCCUGCACCUGGGAAAACCACCACCACAACCCCUGCACCCACCACAGUGAAGACCAUCCCUACAACCACCACCACUACCACCCAACGCAAAACAGUAAAGACUACAGUCCCUACAACUGUGAAAACCACUACCUCCACUACCACCACCACCUCAGUCAGAGCCGACCCAACCCCUGCUCCACAGCCUGGGAAACCCACUACGCCCCUGCCCAUCUCUGUUAGAACAGCCCUCCCGCCACUUAGAAUAUCCCUCUCAUCCCUCUCAUCCUUCUCUUCCUCAGAAAACACCACCAUGUCUGCCGCUGAUGCCAACCAACCUCAGGUCACCACACACCUGUACAGUCUUAAGUAUGUCCCUCCUACUCCAGCUCCACAGGGCAGUAACACAGACACAGACCCAGAUGUGGACCAGAUUGCCACCUUUGUCUCUGCCACGUUUUCCCCCAUGCCAGGCGUUACAGACGGACCAAAACUGUGGGAGGCUGCAGGACUAUUGGAUGUCUCUACUUCCAAUCAGCUCCAGAGAAAAGAUAUGGAGGUGGUUAAAGAUUAUGAUGCAACCUACGACAAUGACCUUGACUAUGAUUCCUGGGAUGAAUCAGCAUCAAAUCCUUGGCCGCCCCCCCCCUCCAGACUGAGCUCUGUCAGAGUCUUCUCCUCUUCUGUUGAUGGAGACCCUCACUUUGUGGUCCAACUCCCUAAACUGAAACAGAAUCUCUGUUUCACGGUGGAUGGCAGGGCCAACGAUGUACUGAGACUGCUGGAAGACUCAGAGAGAGGUAUCAUGGUGGAUGGUCAUUUGAUGUGGGCUCCGUCCAAACAAGACGUCGAAGACCGUUCCCGUACAUACUUUGACCAGAUAACCAUCUCCACCAGGGGCGGGACAGGUGUGCUGGGCGCCAUAAUGAUCACCCUCUCAUUGGAUGCUGUGGUGGUGGAGGGGGAGGGGCAGGACACCCUACACACCAAUCAGGAGGGAUCUGUUACAAGGCAGGGUGUGAUGGUUUCCAUGGAAAGCAGAGAUGACUUCCAUCAGAGCUGUUGGAUCGAGCUGACGAAGGACAUUCGUUUCCUGGUUCUCUUCCACCACUACAGACACCCCAGCUACCUGCAGAUGGCACACCUCGGAUUCUACAUCACUGACGGACAGGGCCUCUCUCUUUCAACCAAAGGCCUACUGGGCCAGUUCCAGCAUGCUGACAUGCGUGUCACGCUGAUGAAGGACCCUCGUGACACACUGCGUCAGCCCAGUAAAGAGGGGGUGCUGAGGUGGGGGGUGAUAAACAUGCCCGUCACCCUACAGGACAAGACCCUGAAGGACACAGUGAGGAAAGGUCACCUGGGAAGUUGUUGGGUCGUGCCCAAGGCGCAGGUGGAGAGACUGCUGGGGCAUCCCUACCAGAGCUAUGUGGUGGAUCACCUGUAAAUACUCACGGGCUCUUUUCAAAUGUCCAUCCUAGCACACUAGUUAGAAUACUAUACAUGCCUAAUGCAUUGCUUUAUAUUAAGUGGUAUGGAGAUUGGAACCGAGACACUCAUCUAGCUAUCCCCUUCACCUCAAAGCUGGGUAGCUCAGGCCAUGGGAAACUCUAUAAGGACAAACAGCACUGGGACAAAGGGUGCUGCUGGCUAGCCUUCAAUACCAAUGUCACAUAGUGAGUUAUUACUCUCUGAGAGCACCGGUGGCAGUGUGCAUGAAUGCAUAUUCAAGAUUAUGAGAGGAAAAAGAGAGCCAAUUACGAGACAGAGAAAAGAGAGGGCAAAAGAGAACAAGAGACAGAUGCAAAAGAGAAAACGUGAGAGACCGAGGGAGAGUCCAGUAAGUAUGAUGAGGUAAUUUACACAGGUGUCAGACAUGAAUAAAUAAAGGAUAUGGGAUGAUGUCAUUGCACCACUCCUUUCUGAAACAACAAUAGUGACAGACUUCUCCUUCUGCAGUUAACAUUGCAACAGUAAGAUCUUAAUUUUCUGUAUACUUCGGCAGACAAAUGCUGCUUGAUCUUCACAUACAGCUAAUUCCAAUCUCUCCUUCACGCAAAUCAUGUUUCAUAAGUACUUUUAUAAUUCUAAUGUUAUAACAAAUAUAUUAAUAGAUGAUUUGAGCAAUGUGGGAUUUUUUUAAGUGUCAGGGUUGUGUAUAUACAGUAUGUAUAUUCCUAAAAUGACUAAAUAUUAUAAAUUGUC